GCAUUUUCGCUUGAUUGAAAUUUUAACUAAGUUCAGAAGUUAGAUUUCUUUAUUACAUUGCUGACCUAAAAUCUGGUUUUCUGACUAAUAUUCAAAAAUAUUCUUGAAAGUCUCAGAGUGAAGUUACUUGCCAAAGUUUGGUAAUAUUUACCAUCUUUCAGGAUUAUUUCUCAUUUGUACUUGUAUUUUAAUUUUAAAUGUCUACCUCUUACUGUCUGGUCCAUCUGGCUACCAGGAAUUGGAGUAAAGAAGGUCAUAAUGUUAAAUAUAUUGUAUGUACAUAUGAUGAAUCUUCGUCGUAUCUUAAUUCAGCUCAACUUAUAUAUAAACCUACUACUAGGCUAUUUGGUUAUAGAGUGAGAUAAAUACAAUAUGUGUACAAGAUCGAGCAAUAACUUUUUCAAUUCGUUUGUUGUUUCUCAUAUCUUUCUUUGCUUUUAUUGAUCAACUAUUAUCUACUUGUAAUUUAUUUUUUGGGGUCUAGCGAAGUUAACGCCAAACUUUCUUAUGUAACAUCAAACAAAAUUGUGAUGUGAGAGUGGAGGCUAAAUAUGUUUUUCUUUUUAAAUAAAAGUCUGGCCUGCGCGGAAGCGGAACGCUGUACUCUAUUUGGCAUGGGACGUACUUGCUUAGUUGGAAUUGAAUAGAUUUAAUUUCAACUAAACAAGUCUGUCAAAAACAGACUAUUUUAAAUCAUAAAAAUUACUGCACUUACUUCGCUAGACCUUAUUCUUGUCGUUUAUAUUGAAAUAAAAAACAUCUAUUUCUAAGUUGGCCAAUGCAGUGUAAUGCAAAUCGUCUCACUGGUAGACUUUGUUAAGUAUUAAAUUGAAGACUAUAUAUCAUUGUCACCUGGCUAUGCAAACUAUAGUCCAAAUGUGGCAUUGAGGGAUGCCCAGAAAAUCUAAUAUUGUCAACUUUUGUUUGUAUUCAAAUUCUAAAUAAACAUUUUCAUUUAAGAACAGGCUAAACUCUUGGUCGAGAUUCCUUUUUUUCUCAAGAUGCAGAAUUCUAGAAUUUAUAACCGCUUUAUUAUAAUAAAUAUUUUUACUGUGAACUUAUUUUAAUUGGUGCGAACAUGGUGGCAGCUGACUCUUGAUGACCGCAUGGUCGUUUCGCUUCCUCCAUUCCAUACCGAAGAAAUGUUAUUGCUUUAUAUUUAUUAUUAUCAUUGUAUUUAUGUUUUUUUCUGGUUGACAAAUGAUAAAUCUCUCUCUCUCUCUAUAAGCUACUAAUUUAUAGUCCAAAUUUUUCAGAUGACAUUACUUAUCAUCAAAUGAUAUGUACAGUAAAUAUAUUGAAUUUGUGAUAUUUUCUAGGAUGUUUGAAUAAAAAUGAAUUGCAUCAAGUUGCAUAGUUAGGUAUUGUUAUUUAUUAUCAAGAAAGAUUGAUUUAACUUUUCAUUGUGAACACAAUGCAAAACUUUAUAUAUAAAAUACUUGUCAUGUUAACCACUGCUGUGGCCAUGAAUUCUUUUCAAAGGUCUGAUGUUAAUAUUAAUGAAUGGCCAUUAAUUGUGUGGUGGUAUGACACAAUAUUUCCUCAUGUUGAUAACGGAGGUUCAGUUCAGGAAAUUGAUUGUGGUGAAGUCAAAUGUCAUUCAACACAUCACCGUGAUAUGAUAGAGCAAGAUACAUUGCAAACUAUUCUAUUUUAUGGCAGUGAUUUUGAACCAACAGAUUUGCCACUUCCAAAGAAAAAUAAUCAUAUGUGGGCAUUGUUACACGAGGAAUCACCACAAAACAAUUUUAUUCUCUGUCACAAGGACGUUCUAAAAUUAUUCAACUUUUCAUCAACCUUCAAGCAACAUUCAGAUUAUCCCUUGACUACUCAACAUAUACAAAGCAUUGAAUAUAUUUUGGAUAGAGAACCAAUAUCAAUAUUGGAAAAAAAUGAGCUUCGGCAAAAUGGUCUUGCUCCUGUCUUAUACUUACAAUCUCAUUGUGAUGUCCCGUCAGAUCGAGAUAGAUAUGUCAGCGAACUCAUGAAACAUAUACAGGUGGACAGUUAUGGAGAAUGUUUAAAUAAUAUAGAAUUUGAUGAUGAUGAUCUGGUAGGAAUACAGUCAAUGAAUAGUGAAGAAUUAUAUGAAUUGAUAGGCCAAUAUAAGUUCCAUAUCACAUUUGAAAAUGCAUUAUGUGAUGACUACAUAACAGAAAAAAUUUAUAGAGCUCUUCAUGUUGGAUCUGUCCCAAUAUAUAUGGGGGCUAGCAAUGUUCAGGAUUGGGUUCCUAAUGGAUCAUAUAUUUCAGUGAAAGACUUUCGUUCACCAAAAGCAUUGGCUGUUCUACUCAAUUCAUUGGACAUGGAUGAUGAUUCUUAUCUCAAUUAUUUGGAAUUUAAAAAGAGUGAGAAAAGUAUUCCUGAAAACUUGAAAGCCGCAAUCAAGAAUCGUGACUGGUCAACUAGUGAUUCGGGCUCUCAACAUUUUUUAAAUGGAUUUGAAUGCUAUGUUUGCAAAGAGAUGCAUAAAAUGCGAGAUACAUUGAAAGAUGGGGGAAUACUUACAUCGAGAGUAUUAGAUGAAUCUCAUUUAAACUGUACUUUACCACAACCUUCAGUUGGUACUGUCAAAACUUUGAAGAAAGACGAUACCUUCCAUGAAACACUGAAUUAUUACCAACAAACUGCUAUCCAUGCCAAGGUUCUUGUUGAUCUCAUUAGGAAAGGGAAGAAUGAUUUAAGUGAUUUUUGGGAACUCGUGGCUGAAUUCAUGGAAAUGGCUUCCCAUACAGAACUAUGAAUGCACGAUUUGGUGUUACUAAAUGGCAAGGAUGCCAGCAUGCUCGAUAUGCAGGUUUAAAUGCUUCCAGAACCAAGAAUGAUGCACCAUGAUCAUACAUUUGGUCAUCAAGUAUUAGGAACUGGUACAUUUGUCUUUUUAUGAAACUGAGACCGUUAUUUCAUGGUUCUCACUUUUGAUACCUUUCAUUCUUUUUAUUAUUAUUAUGAAACUGAAGUAAAUAAACAAUUUUAAGAAA